AUGAGCAAAGAGGAGAUAAAAUAUUUGCCAGACGCCCCCGUCCCUCUGGAAAAGGCCCUCGCAGAGGAUAUGAAAGAGGACUGCUUGCCAUGUAGAGCAAUCGGUAUCAACGCUUCGCCCUCUCUUUCUUCCCUUCUCUCCUGACUUGACAAUCUAUCAAGGCUCCACUGCGUUCAUUGGCCUCGGCAUCUACACGCUUUUCUCCGGUCGUUCUCAGCUCCGAGCACAGGAGGCAGCAAUACUGAAAUCCGGUACGAGGUGGGGGAUUGGAGCACGGAGGUUGGGAAUCCAUGGGAUAGCGGCGACUUUGGUGGGAUUGGGGAUUUACAGGAUGGUC